AUGGCGAAUUAUUCCAAUCAACCCCGUAAUAGUAGUAGUAAUUACUACCAGGCGACCAAGGAAGUCGCCGCCCGUUCGAACAUCCAGGCCAGCGCCUACACCGUUGAUGCCGUCGACAUGGCCCUGAAGGGCUUCCACUACUCUACCUGCGGGGCAGGCGAACGGAGGACGGUGGCUAACGUGUGUUGGCACAACAGGAGCGGGGUGGUGGGUUUGAGGGCUUCGUCGUCGUCGCCGCAGCGUCCGGGCCUCAAGGCUCGCUCGCGCAGUGGAGGCGCCGCGUAUACCAUCACGGAAGAAUGUGAGAGACUCUUCUGCGAGACACUGGACACCGUUUUUCUUGGUGAGGGAAACACCGUCGCUCAGGACUCGCUUGUGAUGGGUGCGCGUUACAACAACAAGACAAGCAACGACAGAAGCGCCCCGCUGCCUUCUCCUUCGCCCUCGGCCGACAGCGCUAUCGACAUGGCUGUUCCAACCACUGCUGUGCGCGAGUGGGUCGAGAUCUGGGAGUAUGCUGCUGGACUGCGCUUCCGUGGCUUUGUCUCGGACAAGAAUGGGAUUAGCACCCUGUUCGUCUUUUUCGAUAAGUCGGUCAUCGGACCUGAUCUUAAGAACGGCCUCAUGUGCCUUCUCGAGCUGGCCGGUAACGACGACCUUGGUUGCUCCAACCUUGUCGUCUGCCUCGAUCGCUCUGCCGACCAAGAAGACCUCAAAGACUUGACCCGUGACCUCGGCUGGGUCGGCUUCGAGCUUACUACCCUCGACCGCUGGUCUAAGGGCGUUGCUUGCACAAGUGACAAGUGGAUCUUCCUUGACAUGGAAGUCUAA